AUGUCAGGGGUUGACGACGUCUUGACUUUGUUCCGCAGCACAGAUUCGAACUCUAUUACUCUUCGUGGUCGUAACGAUGCUGCUGUGGAACGAGACCUCAUGGUCCUGGUCUCGUCAGGUUACGACGUUGACAAAACCAUGGCCGCCGUGAUAUACCAUGCUAGGAGUCUGAUCUGGAAAUAUUCUCAAGUCGGAACCCCACCAGUACAGUUGAAUAACAGCAGCGAUUUCAAGGCGCAGUGGCGUGAGAGUUGGUAUGAUGGACUGGGAUAUUGCACUUGGAACUCUCUCGGGCAGAAUCUGGCAGAGGAGAAAAUACUCUAUGCCCUGGAUCGGCUCGAGGAAAGUGGGAUCAGCAUUUCGAAUCUCAUCAUCGACGAUAAUUGGCAGUCUAUUGACGCACCGAACGAAGGCGGCGCUCAGCCUGGCUGGCUUGACUUUGAAGCGAAUCCAGCCGGAUUCCCCGAUGGUCUCAAAGGCGUCGUCUCCAAGAUACGCCGCACGCACCGCAGCAUCGAGCACGUCUUUGUCUGGCACGCCCUGCUCGGCUACUGGGGCGGCAUCUCCCCGCGCGGCUCCAUCGCGCAAGCGUACGACACCAUCCGCGUCGACCGCGAGGACACCCGGGCCGGCAUGACUGUCGUCGCCCACGACGACAUCUCUCGCUUCUACGACGACUUCUACACCUUCCUGAUCCGCAGCGGCGUCGACGGCGUCAAGACGGACGCGCAGUGCGCGCUCGACGCCGUGGCCGGCGCCCCCACCCGCCGCGCCCUCACAAACGCCUACCUCGACAAGUGGUCCGUCGCCUCGCUGCGGCACUUUGGCGUCGCUAGCAUCGCCUGCAUGGCGCAGUUCCCGCAGGCGCUCUUCCACGCGCUGCUGCCGCGGACGCGCCCGCCGGUCGUGGCGCGCACCUCGGACGACUUCGUCCCCGACGGCCCGGCAUCGGCGCACCGCUGGCACGUCUGGGCCAACGCGCACAACGGCCUGCUCGCGCAGUAUCUCAACGUGGUGCCGGACUGGGACAUGUUCCAGACGGCGCACCCGUUUGCGCACUUCCACGCGGCCGCGCGCUGCCUGAGCGGCGGGCCGCUGUACAUCACCGACGUGCCCGGGCAGCACGACCCGGCGCUGCUGAGGCGCUGCACCGCUCGUACAACCUUGGGCAAGACCAUCGUUUUGAGACCGAGCGUCGUUGGCAUCGCGCUGGAUCCGUACCUGGAUUUUGAUUCCGGGGCGCUGCUCAAGAUUGGCAGCUUCCACGGUUCCGGCAGCGGCGGUGUCUCCCUCACCGGCGUCUUCCAGACCUCCGACUUGCGCCGCCCAAUCCUCGCCCCGCUGUCCUCCUCCUUCCGCGGCCUCCUUCCUUCCACCUCCUACGUCGUGCGCGCCUACACGACCGGACGCGUGUCUCCUCCCCUGACGAACCUCGACGAGGCGUCUCUCCUCCUGACGCCGAGCGCGGACUGGGGAUACGAGAUCUACGCCGCGCACAAGCUCACCCGUUGCCGCCGGGACGGCGAGGCGGCGAUGCUGUGCGUGGCGAGCCUCGGGCUGGUGGACAAGAUGACGGGCGCCGCGGCGAUCGAGGCGAGCCACGUCGAGGUCGGCCGCCGCAAGGUGUCGGUCACGACGAAGCUCAGAGCUCUGGGCGUCUUUGGCGUGUACAUCUCCGAGCUGCCGAGGCUGACGAUUGGCGACAAUUUCAUGGUGACCAUCUUUGGCCACCCGGUGCCGCGACACACGGUGCGCGUGUCGCCGGCGGCCGAAUCGGUCCUCGAGGUCGACGUGCAGACGGCGUGGACGGAGCUGGGACUUGACAGUGGCUGGAGCAACGAGUUGGAGGUUACGGUCAACAUACUUAGAGCUUGA